UUUGAAUAUGUGUCGUUGAAUGCUCCGCGUAACAGUAAAUUCACUUCGCAGGUAUUGCUAACGGGAUGUCGAUGUGUGGAACUUGACUGCUGGGACGGCGAUGAUGGGUCUCCAGUUAUUUACCAUGGGCACACCUUCACUACUAAGAUUCCAUUUCGCUCAGUCGUCGAAGCAAUUGACAGAAGUGCUUUCAUCAGCUCCCCAUAUCCUGUGAUUCUCUCCAUCGAGAAUCAUUGUUCCCAGAGUCAACAAGCACGGAUGGCCCAAAUCUUUCAGUCGGUUUUCGGGGAGAAGCUCGUAACGAAAUUCCUGUUCGAGACCGAUUUCAGUGACGAUCCCCAACUGCCGUCGCCAUCACAGUUGCGGCACCGAAUAUUGAUCAAAAACAAGAAACUGGUGGUAGAUCCUACCGGACCUCUAACGCACAUUCCCCUGGGCCAUCGUGGAAAAAUGCUUAUGUCUGAUCGUGCAUCAUCCAUGAAGCAGAUGCGAACUGACGUAAGCAGUGCUUCCGUCGUUGAAUAUUUCAGCGAGGACGAUGACGACGAGGAAGACGAUGACGAGGAUGAUAAUAUUGACGACAACUCGAUUUCUAGUUACGAGAGGUACCUAGGUGGAACGCAGGUGCCGCACGGUCGGUUAAAGUCAGAUUCCGCGGUCGACGACAAGUCACAAAAGCAAAGUAGCCAAAUUGCCAAGGAACUCUCAGACUUGGUAAUUUACUUGCAAGCGAUUAAAUUUCGUGGAUUAAACACAACGCCGGGAACCGCAGCGACUGGAAAAGCCCGCCAUCAGCCACACACAGGCCCCGUACAGAGGCAUAGUAUCGCUGGGAUUGGAACAACUACUGUACCUGGAACUUCAGGAUCACCACAGUCUCUCUCGACGUCAGCUUCGCUCGCAAGCGGUGGCAGUAACAUCGACAAUCUUUUUAGGACCAAUCGCGGUGUUCCUGCCUGCUUUCAAUGCUCCUCUUUAAACGAAAGUACAGCCAAGAAGAUCUGUAGAAAACAGCCGUUGGGCGUUGUUGCGCACGCAGAGACCCAAUUGAUUCGAACAUAUCCAGCUGGAAUGCGUAUUGACUCCACAAACUUUAAUCCCGUAAUCUUUUGGGCGUUUGGAAUUCAAAUGGUGGCGCUAAAUUAUCAAACCGACGACGCUGGAUUGAAUCUAAACGCUGCUAUGUUUGAGCAAAGUGGCCAGUGUGGCUACGUCAGAAAACCUUCAGUAAUGUGGGACAAAGGACACAUGAUGUACAGACGUUUCAAUCCUUGGGAUAAGGAAUUCGACGGACUGCAUUCGGCGCACUUAACACUUUCAAUAGUAUCCGGCCAGUACGUUUCCCCAACGAAUUUCGUCGCCAGUACCUACGUCGAAGUCGAGCUAGUCGGUAUUCCAAUUGACUGUGCGAAGCAUAAAACCAAAGUAAUACAGAACAACGCACUGAAUCCAAUCUGGAACGAAAAAUUCUGCUUCCAAGUGAUGUUCAAAGAUCUCGCCUUCCUACGUUUCGGCAUUGUUGAGGCGAGUUCCCACCACUUGAUCGCACAGAGGGUCAUACCGCUGAGAUGCUUGAGACCUGGUUACAGGCACGUGCGUUUACGUUCCUGUAAGAACAGGCCACUAGCCCUAUCCACGUUAUUUAUUUAUUCACGCUUGGAAGAAGAAAGCCUCGACUACAACACUUGCUGCCGCGAUCACAAAGAACCAUCGAAGCGUUCCUUAUCGGGAAAAGAACCAGAAAAAUUAACUACCGUCGAUCCCGGUUUGGGCGGAGUCACGUUGAAGAGGAGAAUGUUCUUCCUUAUAGUUUAUCAUGUGGUACCCAACGAACCGUACACCAUUCUAAAAGUCACUCAAGAAAGUACAACCCAGGAGGUAAUGCUUCAAGCACUUCAAAAGGCUGGAAUAUCUGCGGAUCGCGUCGACGAGUAUAUCCUGGUCGAAGAAGUGUCCCGCGGCUGGGAGAAAAAGGAUAGAGAAGAGUUGCCAACCCAACGCGUCCUGGACCCAACAGAACAUCCGUUGCAAGCGCAGGCUUUGUGGAAAGGGCAGGGACGUUUUCUGUUGAAAAGAGUAGGGGAUGACCCCAGUAGCAGGGCCUGGCUGGCUUCUAUCCGAAGUACAGCCGGUCACUCGAAGCUCGACUCUGAACGAGAUACAUCCACUCACAUAUGGGACGAGGCUGACACUUUCUUAGUUUGUAUUUACAACGUCUCGCCCGACAUACCGUAUGCGAUCCUCCGCGUUCCAGUAAGCAGCUCCGCUCAAGACGUCCUAGCUCAAGCAUUAGUGAAAGCCAGAAGAAUGGAGGAUCCGAUCAAGUUUGCUUUGGUCGAAGAACUCGAAUGGGGCGGCACCGGCGCCGUUGGAAGUGGUAAUCGUCAACUGAGAGUCUUGCGCGACGAUGAGAAUGUCUAUAGCACCCAAGCUUUCUGGAAGACACUCGGGAGAUUCAUUUUACGAGACCGGGAGCAAGCAAUACCGAAGCGGCAUCUGCUACCGGCCACUUUGGACAGACUCAGUAAAGGUUUCUCCGUGGGAAGAUCGGUGUCCUUGCCCGGUUCCAGCAAAGAGAAGGCACCAGUUUCAGAAGCGCUUUCCGAUCCAACCUCCAGAGUACCCCGACACCGUAUGCUAAUGCCCGGUCGUAGGAGAGAGGUUCAUUCCGACGGCGAAGACACUCGCGAAUCCGAUAUCCUGAAUGCAGCUCUUCACUUGAAAAAAGUAUCGUUAAGGAAACUAAGGGUUUGGAAGUCAUAGUGGCAGACCCGGGCGACGUCGAUUUCAUCGAUUUUCGCCACUCGGAGAAACGAAUCGUAAGUUAUAAUAGAUCGUUGAAAUUUGAGGUGAAGGCAAAGCUAAAUUGGCCAGCAUAUUAAACGGCGAUACACUCGGGACAUUUUGAAGAUCGUUCGCGUCGCGUUUAAAGAGCCCCGUCUGGCAAACAGCAUUGAAACGCUGUGACGCAAACUUAAACAAACAGACGCCUAAUUGUA